GAGAGAGAGAGCGUUAGACAGAGGGAGGGUCUGCUAUAUACUGGUGGUUGUGUGUUACAGAGAGAUGAAGUCAUUUGGGUUUCUCUCGGACUGUCAGGACAUCAUGUGGUGAGUGGGAGACAGAUCCACUGACAGGAAGAUAGAGAUACAGGGAUAGAUAGACAUAUUUAGAUACAGAGAUAGAUUGAUAGAUAGACUGUAUAUAUACAUCAUAUUACAUUUGUAAUGUAUUUAUUAUUUUGGAACUUUUUUAAUGUUUACUGUUUAGUUUUAUUGUUUAUUUCACUUUUGUAUAUUAUCUACCUCACUUGCUUCGGCAAUGUUAACAUAUUUUUCCCAUGCCAAUAAAGCCCCUUGAAUUGAUAGAUGUAUAGAGACACAGAGAUAGAUUGAUAGAGAUACUAACAGAGAAAGGAUCAGAGAGAGGGACAUUUGUUUUGAUUUUACACUGGUUGUUUAAUGUCAGUGCAUUUUCAUGGUGUUGUACUUUAGGAACAUUUAGCCUGUCUAUAGUGCUGUCUAUAGUGCUGUCUAUAGUGCUGUCUAUAGUGCUGUCUAUAGUGCUGUCUAUAGUGCCGUCUAUAGGGCCGUCUAUAGUGCCGUCUAUAGUGCCGUCUAUAGUUCCGUCUAUAGUGCCGUCUAUAGUGCCGUCUAUAGUGCCGUCUAUAGUGCCGUCUAUAGUGCUGUCUAUAGUGCUGUCUAUAGUGCUGUCUAUAGUGCUGUCUAUAGUGCUGUCUAUAGUGCUGUCUAUAGUGCUGUCUAUAGUGCUGUCCAUAGUGCUGUCUAUAGUGUUUGGAUUGUUAUUGGUAGAGUCAUCAUAUAUGUAGUAUCUUAUAUUAUAUAUUGGAGACUGUGUGAUCAGUGACAGUGGGAAGGACAUAGAUAGAGAGAGUGGCAGAGGUGACAGAGAGAGUGGCAGAGGUGAUAGAGACAGAGAGAGUGGCAGAGGUGAUAGAGACAGAGACAGAGAGAGUGGCAGAGGUGACAGAGACAGAGACAGAGACAGAUACAGAGAGAGUGGCAGAGGUGAUAGAGACAGAGACAGAGAGAGUGGCAGAGGUGACAGAGACAGAGACAGAGACAGAUACAGAGAGAGUGGCAGAGGUGAUAGAGACAGAGACAGAGAGAGUGGCAGAGGUGAUAGAGACAGAGACAGAGAGAGUGGCAGAGGUGACAGAGACAGAGACAGAGAGAGUGGCAGAGGUGACAGAGACAGAGACAGAGACAGAUACAGAGAGAGUGGCAGAGGUGAUAGAGACAGAGACAGAGACAGAUACAGAGAGAGUGGCAGAGGUGACAGAGACAGAGAGAGUGGCAGAGGUGACAGAGACAGAGACAGAGAGAGUGGCAGAGGUGAUAGAGACAGAGAGAGUGGCAGAGGUGACAGAGACAGAGACAGAGAGAGUGGCAGAGGUGAUAGAGACAGAGACAGAGAGAGUGGCAGAGGUGAUAGAGACAGAGAGAGUGGCAGAGGUGAUAGAGACAGAGAGAGUGGCAGAGGUGACAGAGACAGAUACAGAGAGAGUGGCAGAGGUGAUAGAGACAGAGACAGAGAGAGAGGCAGAGGUGACAGAGACAGAGAGAGUGGCAGAGGUGAUAGAGACAGAGACAGAGAGAGAGGCAGAGGUGAUAGAGACAGAGAGAGUGACAGAGACAGAGAGAGUGGCAGAGGUGACAGAGACAGGGAGAUGGACAGAGACAGGGAGAUGGACAGAGACAGAGAGAGUGGGAGUGGUGAUGGAGACAGAGACAGGGAGAUGGACAGAGACAGAGAGAUGGACAGAGACAGAGAGAGUGGGAGAGGUGAUGGAGACAGAGACAGAGAGAGUGGGAGAGGUGAUGGAGACAGAGACAGAGAGAGUGGGAGAGGUGAUGGAGACAGAGACAGGGAGAUGGACAGAGAUAGAGAGAGUGGCAGAGGUGAUGGAGACAGAGACAGAGACAGAGAGAGUGGGAGAGGUGAUGGAGACAGAGACAAGGAGAUGGACAGAGAUAGAGAGAGUGGCAGAGGUGAUGGAGACAGAGACAAGGAGAUGGACAGAGACAGAGAAAGUGGCAGAGGUGAUGGAGACAGAGACAGAGAGAGGGAGAUGGACAGAGACAGAGAGAGUGGCAGAGACAGGGAGAUGGACAGAGAGAGUGGGAGAGGUGAUGGAGACAGAGACAGAGAGAGUGGCAGAGACAGGAAGAUGGACAGAGACAGAGACAGAGACAGGGAGAUGGACAGAGACAGAGGCAGGGAGAAAGACAUUAACAGAGACAGAGAGAUGGACAGAGACAGGAAGAGUGAGGAGAGAGACAGAGACAGGGAGAGUGAGGAGAGAGACGGAGACAGGGAGAAGGAGAGAGACAGGGAGAGGGAGGAGAGAGACAGGGAGAGGGAGGAGAGAGACAGGGAGAGGGAGAGAGACAAGGAGAGGGAGAGAGACAGGGAGGAGAGAGACAGAGGCAUGGAGAAGGGGGACAGAGACAGGGAGAGGGACAGGGAGGAGAGAGACAGAGACAUGGAGAGGGAGAAUGGGGACAGGGAGAGGGACAGGGAGGAGAGAGACAGAGACAUGGAGAAGGAGAGGACAACUGAUCAUGACAGUGGCGGAGAAAGUGGUAGUGAAAGGGCGUGUCUGGAGUUCAUGACCCCUGAUGGACAGGACAUCUACCUGAGGCUUGGCCACUCCCCCCGACGACGCUCUGCCCUCCGUCUCACACGCAUCAUCGUUCGCCAUCAGCUCCUCACCCGGCUUACUCAAGAGAUCGAGGCCAGGGAGGCUUGUGAUUGGCUGAGGGCUGCAGGGUUCCCACAGUAUGCCCAGCUCUACGAAGACUCCCAGUUUCCUAUAGAUAUAUUGUCAGUGAAGAGGGACCAUGACUUCUUGGACAGGGACCUGGUGGAACCUCUGUGUCGACGUCUUAACACUCUGAACAAGUGUUGCUCCAUGAAACUAGACGUUAGCCACCCCAGGAAGAAAACUGAUGAUUCAGACGACGAUGACCCGCUAGCCAUCAGUAAGAGAUGGACCUUUGAAUGGAACAGCCGGCGCUGGUCCCGCCUCCAGGACAUGCACUUCCUGCUGGGCUCGCCCAAUGAGAGCAGUCCUGAGGGGUGCCAGGGGGAGGGGCGACUGAGGAGCACGGUGAGCAGUGAGAGCGUCCUGACGGACCUGAGCGAACCAGAGAUCACGGAUAUAUCCUCUCUGCACAGUCAAGACUCUCUGGGAGCCAUGCUUCCUGACUCUGUCUCUAUGGUCUCACUGGCAGGACCCUACCAGCCCCCAAGAGACCUGUCCCACUACAACUCUCUACCAAUCAAAAGCAGCCGUCACGGCCAGGGUGGGCGGAGUCCGGCAAAGGCCUUCCUGCGUCGCAUGGAGAUGAUGCGUACCUGGGGGCCGUCCUCCAAGAGGAAGUCAGGAAGUGGGCGGGCGCCGCUCGUCAUCAGUGGGCCGGUCCUACAUGGGGAGGAGCCCCAGGCAUUACAGAUGCUCCACUGUGUUCCCAUCAAUCAAUCAGAGGAUAGUCCUCAUCCUCCCCACCAAUCAGAUGACAACUCGUCCCCUAUCGCCCUCGGUAAUGGCAGCAAGGGCCAAUCAGUGACGAGCGGUGUGAGUUCCAUGCGUCCCUGUGUGAAGGAGUCUGUCUCCAAGCCUAAAAGAGGAAGUAUGUACCUGGAAGACAUGGAGCUGCUCUCUGGCGCCCCCCAUGUUCGGAGGACUGAAGCACAACAGAGCCCGUUCAGCAGGAACCACUUCCGUUCAUACGAGGACCUGCUGGUCCACAUCCCCAAGAACCACAAACCAGGCACCUUCCCCAAAGCAUUGUCUAUAGAGAGUCUAGCCACAGCCACCAACCACCAGUACCAGACCCCUUCUCCCUCCCCACUCCACCUCAGCAAAGGCUCCCCCUGGACAGGUACGGCUCUGUCCAAGAAGCCUCCCUGUCCUGGAGCUCCGCGGGGCAGCAGGGUGAGUGUGUAUGACAACGUCCCCGGGUCUCACCUGUACGCGUCCACAGGUGACCUGCUGGAUGUGGACCGAGACGAUCACCUGUUCCCCCACCUGGAUGACAUCAUCAGUCACGUCAGCGGCCUGCAGCAGAUUGUAGACCACUGGAGUCGCAGCAUGCUGACGGAGGGUGGGGUGGGGGAGGAGGGGGAGGCAGGGGAGGGAAAGAGGGGUGAAGAUGAGGGGGAGGGGGAGGGAGAGGAGAGGACCACGCCCAGUGAGGGGGAGGGAGAGGAGAGGACCACGCCCAGUGAGGGGGAGGGAGAGGAGAGGACCACGCCCAGUGAGGGGGAGGGAGAGGAGAGGACCACGCCCAGGGAGGGGGAGAGAGACGAGGUCUCCCUGAUUGACAUAGAGUCUACAGGGACCAGAGAGAGGAGAGACUCUGGAGUAGGAGCUUCCCUUACCAGACCACGUCUGCGGUGGCCGAGCUUCCGCCUCUUUGAAAAUCUGCGCCAAUCAGGCUCCGCGCUGCAGAUAAGUAGCCAAUCAGCAGGCCAGCUCAGCCUGCUCCAGAAGUUCUCUCUGCUCCGACUCACAGCCAUCAUGGAAAAUUACUCUAUGUCUAACAAACACGGCUGGACCUGGUCUGUCCCUAAGUUUAUGAAGCGUUUGAAGGUCCCUGACUACAAGGAGAGAAGUGUGUUUGGUGUUCCUCUCAUCGUUCACACACAGCGCUGUGGUUACCCUCUACCUCUUUGUCUACAGCAGGCCCUGAGACAUCUCAGGACACACUGUCUUGACCAGGUGGGUCUGUUCCGUAAAUCUGGUGUGAAGUCUCGUAUCCAGGCGUUGAGAGAGGAGUGUGAGACCAGUCCUGACAGUGUGUGUUACGAGGACCAGUCAGCAUAUGAUGUAGCAGACAUGGUUAAACAGUUCUUCAGAGACCUUCCUGAACCUCUACUGACCAGCAAGCUGGGAGAGACCUUCCUACACAUCUACCAGUAUGUCCCUAAGGAGCAGAGGUUGCAGGCCGUGAGGGCGGCCAUCUUGCUGAUGUCAGACGAGAACAGGGAAGUGCUCCAGACGCUGCUCUGCUUCCUGUGUGAUGUCACUUCCUGUGUAGAGGAGAACCAGAUGACCCCUAUGAACCUGGCUGUGUGUCUGGGCCCCUCCCUGUUCCACCUCAACAUACUGAAGAAUGAUAACCUGUCCCCCAGGUCGAUCCAGAAGAAGUAUGCUACGGGCCGUCCGGACCAGAAGGACCUGAGUGAGAACCUUGCCGCCACACAGGGCCUGGCUCACAUGAUCACUGAGUGCCAGCACCUGUUUGAGAUCCCACAGGACAUGGUAAGCCGGUCCCAUAACUCCUACAUGGAGGCUGAGUUACUAGCGCCCCCUCUGGACGAGCUGCGUAAGACACAUGACGAGGAGGACGAGGAAGAGGAGGAGGAGGAGGAGGAAGGAUCCUACCACACACACAUGGAGGGGCUGGUCCAGGGACUACUAAAAGAGGCCAGAGACAACAGCAAAGGAUGGGUAUCCCGGGCUACCACUGACCACACUGAAUUGGCCUGCAAAAAGGUGGGUGAUGGUAACCCUCUGCGGAGGUGGCGUGUGUGUGUGGAAGUGUGUGCGAAGCCCAGUGAGGUGUUGGAGAGGCUGCUGCGGGAGCGCCCCCUUUGGCAGACAGACGUACUGCAGGAGAAGGUUCUGGUUACCCUGGGCAGACAGACAGACAUCUACCAGUACAGCUUGCAGAGCAUGGCCCCACACCCCAACACUGACUACGUAGUACUGAGGUCGUGGCGUAGCAGCAUUUCUAAGGGUUGCUGUGUGUUGGUGUGUGUAUCAGUGGACUAUGAGGACAGUCCAGCCAUGGUAUCAGUCAGAGGAGUGAUUCUAGAAUCACAGUACCUUCUAGAACCCCACGGAACCGGGAAGUCCCGACUCACACACAUCUGCAGAGUCGAUCUGAAGGGCAGGUCUCCAGAGUGGUACAACAAGGUGUUUGGUCACCUGUGUGUCUCUGAGGCCCAGAGGAUCCGUUCCUCCUUCCUCCCUCCAGAACCCCCAGGCACCGAGACCAAGAUCUGAACCCCAGGACCAGGGCAUGAGGCUGGGCUACACCGCCAGGGAGCACGGCCCCAAGGACCAGAAGACCAGAGAGAAGUUGCUGUAAAAAAAACGCAGGAGAACAGGACGGCUAGAACCGUGGACCUUCGAAGCUUGGACCUAGAUUCAUGGACCUAGAAACUUGAACAAAAGGGCUAGUUCCAUGGACCUAGAACCAGGGAACCUAGAACCAGGGAACCGGGGAAGCAGGAGAGGAAGACUAGUUUGACCUAUAACUAGGAACCAGGGUUCUGGAUGCAGCGACCUAGAACCAGGGAACAACGACUGGUGAUAUAAAAUGUAGAACCAGGAAAUAUGGAACAAUCUAUCAGGGAUUCUUAAACUAUUUCAGAAAUUGACUGUCCACCCAUGACCCAAAUCGUCCUCCAACGACCCAAGUUAUGAAGAAAUAGUGUGUGAUGAUAGAUGUAUUCUUAUAACUCACGACCCAACUCUCACAUGCCCAGGGACCCACUUUGGGUACCGACCCAUAGUUUAAGAAACCCUUUUCUAAACAUUGGAACCAGAGAUUUGGAACAAUCUAAUGUAGAACCAGUGACACUGAACAAUAUUGAACUUGGAACAAGGGAUACGGAACGAUCUAGAACUUUUAACCAGUGACACUGAAUAAUCUAGAAUUCAGAACCAGGAAUAUGGAAUGUUCUAGAUUGAACUUGAAGACACAUCUGGGCCCAGAUUCACAAAACAUUUCUUACGCAAAAAAAAUUAAGAAGCUGCUUAAGAAAAAAAAUAAGAAGUUCAUAAGAUUCCUCCACAAUAUUUUAAGAUUUAAUACUUCUCUUACGAACUCCUCAAAUAUCUUCAUACAAAACUUCUUAAAAUGUGUGUUGCUAGGCAACCGGUUUAGCUAGCUAUCUAGCUAACAACGGUAAUCAUGUUAGCAUAUUUCCUACUGAGAUUAUUGUUCUUCAACAUGUUCUUUGGUUUAAUAUAAUCAGUACUGAAACUUUCAGAUGAAGUUUGUGAGUGAAUUAAACAGGUUCAAUUGCUUUCAUGAGAUGUUUCUCUCACUGCCCAGAGUUUAAGACGAGGGUUUAGCCAUCUUGGAAUUAAGAACAUUUCCUAAAACAUCCCAAAACUGUAUUUUCAAGAGUCUAAUUUCUUCUUAACUUAAAAAAAUUACCCAUAACAUUUCUAAUAAACCUUUUGAGAAAUAUAAACUUUGCUUAACUUUCUUCAUAAGUUUACAGUUAAGGGGGAAAAAUGGCAGUUGAAAGGUCAUUUCUUCUUAAAGAAGGUUUUGUGAAUCUGGGUCCCUGGUUCGUAAAGCUUUAUCUCUGCUCUCAGCAUCACUGUCAGUUUAAACUACUACUAUUAUUAUUAUUAUUAUUAUUAGUUCAUUCAUCUUUAUUGUCUGCGUUAAUUAUAUUAUUAUUGUAUUAUUGUUAUUUUAAUAUUAUGACCUCAUCGUUGUUGUUGUAUAAUUGUUGCUUUUCAAAAUAUUUUUUAUCCUGUUAUACAAUGUCUAGGACAUUUAUCCAUUUCACUGCUUCUGGGAAGCGUGUGCGUGUGUGUGCAUGUGUGUGUGCGUGCGUGUGUGCGUGUGUGUGUGUGCGUGUGCGUGUGUGCGUGUGUGUGCGUGUGCGUGCGUGUGUGCGUGUGUGUGUGUGUGUGUGUGUGUGUGCGUGCGUGUGUGUGUGUGCGUGUGCGCGUGUGCGUGCGUGUGUGUGUGUGUGUGUGUGCGUGUGCUAGUCUGUACACACAGUGUAAAUAAGUGAUGCUCUCUGUACCAGCAGAUGAAAAUAUAUCUCAUUGCCCAUCGGGACUUUAUCAUAUUGAUAUGCUGAUGUUAUGGUCAUUUCACAUGUCCUAAAGCAAUACUGUAACUAUCUAAUGUAUUAUAAUAUAACUGCCACGCCGUUACCGUGAGGAUACUAAGCUGUUGUAUAAUGCUAUACUGUAUUGCCAUAGCAGUGCCAUCGCCAUGACGAUACCAUGGUGUUAGGUUGCUGUAGGGUUGACUUGGUGUUGCUAUAGGAUCACCAUGGUAAUUGCCACGGCGUUACUAUGGUGCCGCUAAACCGUAACGUUGCUAUGGUGUUGCUACAGUACCGCCAUGCUCUGUGAGUGCUGUUUGCGUGGGAACAGUGUACUUGAUUCUGACGUGAGCCGUAGGGGAUUAUGGGUAAAUGUGAGGAGAUAGCUGAGGAGAUUAGAGGAGGACAGAGUGGCUGACACCAGACUUUAACUUAAUCUGUUCCCAGACCUGUUUAUGAUUUCAGAGGACAACAGGGUGGCUGACACCAGGCUUUAACCUAGUCUGGUCCCAGGCCUGUUUAUGAUUUCAGAGGACAACAGGGUGGCUGACACCAGGCUUUAACCUAGUCUGGUCCCAGGCCUGUUUAUGCUGAUAGAGGACAACAGGGUGGCUGACACCAGGCUUUAACCUAGUCUGGUCCCAGGCCUGUUUAUGCUGAUAGAGGACAACAGGGUGGCUGACACCAGGCUUUAACCUAGUCUGGUCCCAGGCCUGUUUAUGCUGACAGAGGACAACAGGGUGGCUGACACCAGGCUUUAACCUAGUCUGGUCCCAGGCCUGUUUAUGCUGUUAGAGGACAACAGGGUGGCUGACACCAGGCUUUAACUUAGUCUGGUCCCAGGCCUGUUUAUGCUGAUAGAGGACAACAGGGUGGCUGACACCAGGCUUUAACCUAGUCUGGUCCCAGGCCUGUUUAUGCUGACAGAGGACAACAGGGUGGCUGACACCAGGCUUUAACUUAGUCUGGUCCCAGGCCUGUUUAUGCUGAUAGAGGACAACAGGGUGGCUGACACCAGGCUUUAACUUAGUCUGGUCCCAGGCCUGUUUAUGCUGAUAGAGGACAACAGGGUUGCUGACACCAGGCUUUAACCUAGUCUGGUCCCAGGCCUGUUUAUGCUGAUAGAGGACAACAGGGUGGCUGACACCAGGCUUUAACUUAGUCUGGUCCCAGGCCUGUUUAUGCUGAUAGAGGACAACAGGGUGGCUGACACCAGGCUUUAACCUAGUCUGGUCCCAGGCCUGUUUAUGCUGAUAGAGGACAACAGGGUGGCUGACACCAGGCUUUAACUUAGUCUGGUCCCAGGCCUGUUUAUGCUGAUAGAGGACAACAGGGUGGCUGACACCAGGCUUUAACUUAGUCUGGUCCCAGGCCUGUUUAUGCUGAUAGAGGACAACAGGGUGGCUGACACCAGGCUUUAACCUAGUCUGGUCCCAGGCCUGUUUAUGCUGUCAUGACAACUCCUUGUUGCCAUUGUCCUCUGCCAGGUGGCUUCAUUCCUAGACAACAUGCAGUCCUCAACCAGUCAAUGCAGACAGAAUCAUAGCGCUAUCUGAUGUAAGAUAAUGCCUUGUCGGAGACGGCACAACCUUUUCUGGAACCAGGCUAAGGUCAAUGACAACAGGACCAGACCUGGAACCAGGCUAAGGUCAAUGACAACAGGACCAGACCUGGAACCAGGCUAAGGUCAAUGACAACAGGACCAGACCUGGAACCAGGCUAAGGUCAAUGACAACAGGACCAGACCUGGAACCAGGCUAAGGUCAAUGACAACAGGACCAGACCUGGAACCAGGCUAAGGUCAAUGACAACACGACCAGACCUGGAACCAGGCUAAGGUCAAUGACAACAGGACCAGACCUGGAACCAGGCUAAGGUCAAUGACAACAGGACCAGACCUGGAACCAGGCUAAGGUCAAUGACAACAGGACCAGACCUGGAACCAGGCUAAGGUCAAUGACAACAGGACCAGACCUGGAACCAGGCUAAGGUCAAUGACAACAGGACCAGACCUGGAACCAGGCUAAGGUCAAUGACAACAGGACCAGACCUGGAACCAGGCUAAGGUCAAUGACAACAGGACCAGACCUGGAACCAGGCUAAGGUCAAUGACAACAGGACCAGACCUGGAGGUCAAUGACAACAGGACCAGACCUGGAACCAGGCUAAGGUCAAUGACAACAGGACCAGACCUGGAACCAGGCUAAGGUCAAUGACAACAGGACCAGACCUGGAACCAGGCUAAGGUCAAUGACAACAGGACCAGACCUGGAACCAGGCUAAGGUCAAUGACAACAGGACCAGACCUGGAACCAGGCUAAGGUCAAUGACAACAGGACCAGACCUGGAACCAGGCUAAGGUCAAUGACAACAGGACCAGACCUGGAACCAGGCUAAGGUCAAUGACAACAGGACCAGACCUGGAACCAGGCUAAGGUCAAUGACAACAGGACCAGACCUGGAACCAGGCUAAGGUCAAUGACAACAGGACCAGA